AUGCUGCUGUGCCACUCCCUCCCUUUUUCCUCCCCAGCCCUCCUCACCUCGGCACUGCACCACUGCCCGGAGGCCUGCCCUGGUAUCAUCCUGUGCAGCCUGCUGCUUGUGGUCCUGGUGCCCUGUGAUGCCAAGCCUCAGCCAGCCCUGACCAGGAGACCCAGCAACCAGCUGCUGCUGCCCCCUACAUCUGCCUUCUUAACCAAUGUCUGGAACCUCAUGGCUGCCCCUGACUCCAUCAGCCACCAGCACAUGACUGAGGAGGCAGCGCUUAAUGUCACCCUACAGCUCUUCCUGGAGCAUCCACUCCCUGACCGGCCGCCCCUUCGUCUAGAAGACUUUCUGGGCAAAACCAUCCUCACUGACCACCUCUUUGCUGCCUACUUUGGACCUGAGUAUACUUCCCGGCAGUUCCGAGCGGCCUUACGUGAGGUGUCACGGGCCAAUGCAGCCCAGGACUUCUUGCCAAAUACCAAGAAUGACCCUGACCUGCACUUUGAUGCUGAACGGCUGGACCAGGGACGCACGCGCAUGACCGAGGCUCUGCAGGAAACCGUGGUGGCAGCCAGAGCCCAUGACUACACUCUGGCCCGCCAGCGCCUGGGCGCUGCACUGCAUGCAUUACAGGAUUUCUACAGUCACACCAACUGGGUAGAGCUGGGGAUACAGGAGCCACAUCCUUACCUCCUUGGGCCAACGAAGACACUCUGGACUGUGGCACCAGCCCGUGCUAUUACCUGUUCUGAUUGUUCAGAGCUGAGCUGCCCUAACAAUUUGCUGACCGUCACACUUCUUACGUCUGGCUACUUUGGGACACAUCCCCCUAAACCUCCAGGGAAAUGUAGCCAUGGGGGCAGAUUGGAUGCGAGCCGCACCCAGCCACCCCGGGGAGGCAUCAACAAGGACAGCACCUCGCCCAGCUUCUCCCCACACCACAUGUUCCACCCACAGGCUGCAAACCUGGCCCUGCUGUCCACCAUCCAAGCUUUCAAUCUCCUCCGAAGCCGCCUGGGAGACAACGGUUUCUCCAGGCUUCUGGACAUCACCCCAGCCUCCAGUCUGAGCUUUGUCCUGGACACCACGGGCAGCAUGGGGGAGGAGAUCAACGCUGCCAAAAUCCAGACUCGCCACAUUGUGGAGCAGCGACGAGGCAGCCCCAUGGAGCCCAACCACUACAUCCUGGUGCCUUUCCAUGAUCCAGGGUUUGGACCUGUCUUUACAACCAGUGAUCCUGAUAGCUUUUGGCAGCAACUCAAUGAGAUCCACGCCUUGGGGGGUGGAGAUGAGCCUGAGAUGUGCCUGUCUGCCUUGGAGCUAGCCCUGCUGCACACACCUCCACUCUCAGACAUCUUUGUCUUUACUGAUGCCUCCCCAAAGGAUGCUUUUCUCACCAACCGGGUGGAAUCCCUGGCUCAGGAGCGGCGCUGCAGGGUGACAUUCUUGGUGACUGAAGAUCCAUCAAGAGUUCAGGGGCGAGCUCGUCGGGAGGUCUUAUCUCCCCUGCGCUUUGAGCCAUAUGAAGCAGUGGCACGGGCAUCAGGAGGAGAGGUGAUUUUCACCAAAGACCAGCACAUCCAGGACGUGGCAACCAUUAUUGGGGAGAGCACAGCUACUCUGGUGACUCUUCCCCUGGAGCCUCCUGUCGUCAUACCUGGGAGGCCGCUUGUGUUCCACGUGGACGGGCUGCUUCACCAGCUCACAGUGCGAAUGCACGGGGAAAUUAGCAGCUUCUGGAUUAAGAGCCCUUCAGGGGUCUCUCAAAGCCAGGAGGAAGGCCCAGGCCCUCUGGGUCACACUCACCGCUUUGGGCAGUUCUGGAUGGUGGCCAUGACCGACCCUCCACAGACAGGGACUUGGGAGAUCAAGAUGGCAGCUAAGGGCACUCCCCGGGUGAGGGUACAAGCCCAGACUUCCCUGGACUUCCUCUUCUAUUUUGGGAUCCCCGUGGAAGACGGACCUCAUCCUGGCUUCUACCCCCUGACUCAGCCAGUCGCAGGUCUCUGGACCCAGUUGCUGGUGGAAGUGACAGGGCUGGACUCCAGAAGUAACCUUAGUGAUGCACACUUCUCCCACGCUGUUCUCCGAAGGGUCCCAGAGGGCACUGAGCUGGGCCGGGUGUCCUUGGAGCCUGUUGGACCCCCGGAGCAAGGCCUCCUCACAGCCUCGUUGCCACCCACUCUACUGCCCACCUCGCACCCCUUUUCCCUUGAACUGAUUGGCCAGAAUGGAGAGGGACAGAGCCUGCACAGGGCUGCACCCCAGCCUUGUACUGUGGCCCCAGUGCUUCUGGAGCUGAACGGCCCUCCAGAUUUCUUGGUCCCAGGCAGCAAGGCCCCACUGAGUCUCCACAUCUCCAGCUUCUCCGGCCCUCAGGAUCUUGAUCUUCAGAUAUCUGUCAACCCCAGUUUUGCCAUCACCUCCAACCUGACCAGGGCUCACCUGGGACUGAAUGAGUCAGCCUCAGGGCGCCUGUGGCUGGAGGUCCCAGACUCAGCAGCCCCGAAUUCCGUGGUGAUGGUGACGGCGACUGCGAUGAGUGCGGCAGGCCCAGGAGCCAGCCCAGUGCCCCCGACCCACGCCUUCCUCCGGCUCCUGGUAUUAGAUCCAGCAGAGCAGGAUCAGCUUGCUGCCGCUGCCUCGGAAUCCAGUCCUGUCCUUCCUUCGGCUAAGCCUCUGUCUCAUCCCUCCGCCUUGGUGACUCAGGGAAGGGCUGGAAGAGGAAUGGGCAGUUCUUGGUGGGAUAUAGUUGCAGAGGUGCUGUUUCUGCUGUGCUUGGCCUCCUGGUAACACAACCCUUAGAGGAAGUGCGUGUCCAGUACUGUGUUCAACUUGUCCCAUGGGUGAGAGGGUCACACAAGCUUCAGGGUUCUCUCUUCUAGCGGGGAUCAGGGUUUUCCUUCUGGCGGACUUGUCUCUGUUCUUUCUUAAGACCUGGGACAUAGACCUGGGAUAGAGUGCAAUGGAUUUCCCAUAGUGCACCUUCCCUAACCUUUAUGAAGACCAAAUCAAAGACUUUUCUUUUUCUUUCUUUCUUUUUUUUGAGAAAAUGCCUUUUCUCCUGAAUACCUUUUUCCACUAAGGCGUCAUGCUCUUCCAGACUCAGGUAAAGGGAAGACACAUGGGGAGCAGUCUAGGGCUAGAAGGGGGAGCAAGGCACUAGGAAGUGUUCUUUACAGGCGGUGGGGGGGGGGGGAGGAUUAUAAAAGGAUGGUUUCAGUGAACAUGUCUUCUCCAUGGAAGGAUUCUGGAUAAAUUCUUCUUCCUGCACAUGUUUUUGCAUGUAGAAUAGGUAAAAAUCAAGGCAUCAAGAAUUAAAAAUGAGGGGCUGGGAAGGUGGCUCAGUGGUAGAGUGCUUGCCUUGCAUGCAUGAGGCCC